UGGGAGGCGGGCGGGCGGGCGGGGGCAGCGGCGACGGCGGCCGGAUCCCGCGGCAGGCAGGCAGCUCGGCAGGCAGCUCUCCUCCCCACGGCGGCGGCGAUGCGGGCGGUCCUUGCCCUGGCGGCUCUGCUGGGCAGCCUGCUCCUCUGCCUGUGCCUCGGGUGGCUCUCCGCCGAUGGCUCCGGCGGCGCGAGGGGCUGGGAGAAGGAGGUCAGGGCGACGACGGGGGGCACCCCCAGGGUGAUGCGAUCUCUCCGAGCGCCCUCGGCACCUGCCCAGCUGGAGUCUCCGUUGACCACCAACAGAACGGCUCCCAAUCAGACUGGAAUUCAGAAGUCUGAGCAAGCCUCAAAAUGCAAAGAGUUGUGGAACAACAAUUGGUCUUCAUCUAUCAAGAAAAAAAGAUAUUCUGAAGACUUUUAUUUGCAGAUAGUUGGGAAACUACAGAAUUGUACGUGGAAGAAGAAGCCACAAGAGUAUGCCAGAUUCAGGUCAGAGCUUGCCUCGUGCUGCGAUGCUGCUCACAACUUUAUCGCUUCUCAAAAUAAUACCCCGCUGGGAAGCAACAUGAGUUAUGAAGUGGACAACAAGAAAACCAUUCACAUCACAGAGGAUAUAUUCAGAAUGCUGCCUGAGUCACAGCCCCUGGAUUACCCAUUCAAGAACUGUGCCGUGGUUGGAAAUGGGGGGAUCCUCAAGAACUCCAGCUGUGGAGCAGAAAUUGAUAAAUCCGACUUUGUAUUUAGGUGUAACCUUCCCCCAACAAUGGGAAGCAUCAGUCAAGAUGUUGGCAACAAGACAAACCUUGUGACAGUCAACCCGAGCAUCAUAGCACAGAAAUAUAACAAACUGAAUGAAAAGAAACUCACCUUCCUGGAGAACAUUGCAAGCUAUGGUGAAGCUUUCCUUUUGCUCCCUGCCUUUUCCUUCAGGAGCAACACAGCAGCUUCUUUCAAAGUGCACCAAACUCUGAAAGAGUUCAGCGCAAAGCAGGAGGCCAUAUUUUUCUAUCCCAGAUAUCUCAGAAAUCUUGCCCAGUUCUGGAGGACUAAGGGCGUUAAAGCCUAUCGGUUGUCUUCAGGCUUUAUGAUCACCAGUGCGGCUGUGGAACUGUGCGAGAACGUGAAGCUCUAUGGCUUCUGGCCUUUCUCAAAAAGCAUCGAGGGCACACCUAUCAGCCACCACUACUACGACAACCAGCUACCCAAGCCUGGCUUCCAUGCAAUGCCCAAAGAAUACAGCCAGAUUCUCCAGCUCCAUGGAAGGGGUAUCCUCAAGCUGCAGUUUGGCAAAUGUCUAACUGACUAGGCCAAGACACAGAAUCAUAGAAUUGCAGAGUUGGAAGGGAUCACAAAGGUCAUCUUAUCCAACCCCCUGCCAUGCAGAAAUAUUUUACUCAAAACGGGGCUCAAACGUGCGACCCCGAGAUUAGGAGUCUCAUGCUCUACCAACUGAGCUAUUGAGCUGUGAAUCCCACAGAGGGUCAACUGCUAAAUGAGGUCCUUACAGGGAAUCCUUAUACAGACUUUUCUCACCCUGUGAUGACAACAACAGGCGUCUUUCAGUUAUAGUUGAAAGGUUGUCUUUAAAAGACCAUUCUACGUAUCUUGGUAAAUAUUUGGAUAGCCUUUCCUUUCAGCAUGUGAUACUAUCAGGCUUCACCAACCUGGUGCCCUCUGGCUAUUUUGUACUAAAGAUUCAACUGGCGCAUGCCAAAGAGAAUGGGGAUUGAAGUCUAAAACAGCCAGAGAGCACCGGGUUGCUGUAGGCUGGCCAAGAUUGACGAACGUUGCAUUUUGGGAUAUUUAUACUUGAAAAUUGUAGUAACUACUUGCGGCUUCUUGUCUCCUACAACUCUCACUGUAUUGGGACCUCCCUUUUUCAUAAUACUAUAUGAACAUAAGAAGAGCCUGCUGGAUCAGGCCAAUGGCCCAUCUAGUCCAGCAUCCUGUUCUCACAGUGGCCAGCCAGCUGCCAAUGGGAAGCCCAAGCACAGCAGCAGGGCCCAAGCACAACAGCACUCUUCAAACCUAGGAUUCCCAGCAGAGGUAGAACAUAGCCAUCAUGGCUGGUAGCCAUGGAUAGUCUUCUGCUCUAGGAAAUCUCCCCCAUCGAAAGGUCCAGUGUUGCCAGGAGGCAUUUGAUGCUUUAAAAUCUAAAUGUGAUAUUAUGGUCUGUUUGAAACUGUUGCUAAGUGUCUGACUGUAUUAAUGUAUGGAUAACUUCUCUUUCUGUGUGAUGUAUUGAGAGGAGUGCUGUGUCAUACUUCUGUUUUUAAUUUUAUUGUACUUUGAGGUAAAGUUUUAUUGUCAGCCAGAUGAUGUCGUCGAUGCUCUGUAUUGAUGAAGUGCCUCAGUGCCAAAGACUGUUUGCUUUCAUGUCAUGGUGUAUACAGUGGAUGUUGCACUCAUUGGAUGUUGCACUAACUAGAUGUGACCUGGAAUAUUUUUGCAAUUUUAUUUGGAAAUUAAAAAAACAACAACGCCUUGUUAUA